AGGCGUGGUAGUUGGGCAGCCUUGUGGGAGACUGAUGGCCGCCCCAAGGAUUCCCCGCCCGCGAGGGUGUGGACAGCGAAUCUCGUCGCCUCCGUCCGUGCCGCGUCCGCCUUGUUCUCAUUUUGUGCGUCGGGACCUCAUUCUGCGGCUCAGGUCACACCACUCCCGUCUCUUCCCUCGUAUCGUGUACCUGAACCACCAUCUUCUUCCCUGACAAGCUUAUUUUCAGCCCAGGCCUGCAGGCACGGCCCCUUCUCCUGUGGAGAUACUUAAGGGUCGCUCGACCCCUCUUCCAGUACGUCGCAAGCAGCCGUUCUCGACUGCUCCACACUGCUAGACCCUCACGCGACGACCUCUCACAGUAUAAUCUUCUAAUUCCUCAACAUGGUCUUCUUCGGUUCCCUCCUGUCCGCGCUCUCGCUUGCGUCUGCCGUUGUGGCAUCACCGGUCAAUACCAGCCUGCACACGGACCCAUUCUUCCCGCCGGUACCCGUCACCGCAAAGGGCUUGUUCUGCAGUCUUCCGAUCCCCAUCGUCCAGCAGCUUCUGUGCCCCCGACAGGGCUCGUCCAAUCCGACCGUGAAGACCCCUCUGGGCACCGCACAGGGCAUCGCGGACGCGGACAACGCGGCGCGCUUUGCCGUGCGGUACGGGCAGGCCGCCCGCUGGCAGCCGUCUACCGUCGUGUCUUCCUGGCAAUUUCCGUACGUCAAUUACCACAAAGGUCUAGCUUUGACGCCAACUGACGCCUGCAUCAGUGCUGGCAACACGAAUGCAUCUCAGCUCCCUCUGGCGUGUCCCCAGGACGGCAUAGAUGCCUCCGCCAUGUCUGAAGACUGCCUGUCGAUGCUCCUCUAUGUCCCGAGCUCCGUCAACCCAGCCAGCAACGCUCCUACUCUUCUCUGGAUCCAUGGUGGUUCUUUCAUCCAGGGCUCGGCCACCAACCCUGGCUUGGAUGGUUCAAAUCUGGCUGCAGCGACUAACUCCAUCGUCGCCGUGGUCCAGUACCGCCUGGGCGCUCUCGGCCUGGUGUCUCCCAACGGGCAGAUGAACCUGGCGGGGAAAGAUAUCGUCACUGCCAUGCAAUUCCUCCAGAAGGUUCUCCCAAGCUUCGGGGGCAGCCCGUCCAAAAUCACUCUCGCCGGACAAAGCUCAGGUGCCAACAUGAUCCGUGGCCUCCUGGCCACUCCGUCCGCACAGUCGCUCUUCCAGUCUGCCAUCCUCCAAUCGGACCCCAUGGACUACGGUUUCCUCUCCGCUGGCACUCAGAAGACCCUGCAGGACUUUUUCGUCAGCCAAUUGUCAUGCUCGGCAUCUGACACUGCCUGCCUCAACAACCUCUCGAUUGGCAACAUCCUCACCGCGCAGGACAACCUCAUGAACAACGCGCUCGGCCUUGACCCAUCCACUGGCUCAGGCGAGCCCAUCCGCCUCCUCGGCCUGGUGUCUCCCAACGGGCAGAUGAACCUGGCGGGGAAAGAUAUCGUCACUGCCAUGCAAUUCCUCCAGAAGGUUCUCCCAAGCUUCGGGGGCAGCCCGUCCAAAAUCACUCUCGCCGGACAAAGCUCAGGUGCCAACAUGAUCCGUGGCCUCCUGGCCACUCCGUCCGCACAGUCGCUCUUCCAGUCUGCCAUCCUCCAAUCGGACCCCAUGGACUACGGUUUCCUCUCCACUGGCACUCAGAAGACCCUGCAGGACUUUUUCGUCAGCCAAUUGUCAUGCUCGGCAUCGGACACUGCCUGCCUCAACAACCUCUCGAUUGGCACCAUCCUCACCGCGCAGGACAACCUCAUGAACAACGCGCUCGGCCUUGACCCAUCCACUGGCUCAGGCGAGCCCAUCCGCCUCGUCCGCGACGGCUCGUUCAUCACGUCGCCCCUGGACUCGACGGCGCCGUUCCCGUCGGUGUCGAAGCCCAUCCUGGUCACGAACGUCCGGAACGAGGCCGCGCUCUCCAUCUACGGCGGCAUCCCGGCGAUCGGCGUCGCGGACUACGAGGAGCUCGUGGAGGAGACGUUCGGCACGGGCGCGACGCAGGCGAUCCUGAAGAACACGGACUACGCCGUCGCGACGCUCGGCGCCGUGGGCGGCGGCGCGGACAUCGCGACGACGGCCGACGAGCGCCCGACGCUCGAGAAGCUCGGCACGGACCAGAUCUGGCGCUGCCCGACGUGGACGUUCGCGCGCAACUGGGCCGCGCACGGCGGCGCGGCGUACGUCGGCAUGUACGUCGUCGGCGCGAGCUACCCCGGCAACAUCGAGACGACGAGCUUCUGCGGUGACGCCGGCAUCGUGUGCCACCAGGACGACAUCGAGAUCGUCUUCGGCACGGCGCCCAGCCCAGACGCACAGCAGUCCGCGCUCAUCUCGGAGAUGCAGGCCCGGUACAAGGCCUUCUUCAACACCGGCAACCCGAACGUCGCCGGCCACGCCACCUGGACCGUCGCGGGCACCAGCGACGUCCACGCCCUGACCCUCGGCGGCUCUGGCGAAGUUGCCGCCGGGGGCUGCGACCCGUCCUUCUUCGGCGCCGUUGUCCCAUACGACUACCAGGUCUUCGACAUUUGA